GCAGAGGAUGGAAACUGCCCUCCCCGCCUCCGCCUCCGAUAGAGGACUGCUCAAGGCUCCUGUGGCAGGGGACUGACGCGGCAGCUCCUGGCUGGCUAGGGCUCUCUGUAGGCAGCCUGUGCUGGGAGCAGGGGUGUACUCCAUGCCCCGAAGGCCUGGGAAGAUGGAAGGACGAGUGGUAGGCCAGGCACUCAGGGUCUUCCGAAACCGGCUGCUUCACCGCCAAGCAGGAUCUUCCCAGGACAAUCAGAAUGAAGCUGUAAAGGAGCCAGAAAGGACCCAGGAACACCCUCUGCCCAAUUUUGCUGGAGGGCAGCACUUCUUUGAAUACCUUCUGGUGGUUUCCCUGAAAAAGAAGAUUUUAGGGGAUGACUAUGAGCCCACCAUCACCUACCAGUUUCCCAAGCGGGAGAACCUGCUGCGGGGCCAGCAGGAGGAGGAGGAGCGGCUGCUCAAAGCCAUCCCAUUGUUCUGCUUCCCAGAUGGGAAUGAGUGGGCACCACUCACUGAGUAUCCCAGGGAGACAUUUUCCUUCGUCCUGACCAAUGUGGAUGGGAGCAGGAAGAUCGGCUACUGCAGGCGCCUCCUGCCUGCUGGCCCUGGCCCUCGCCUUCCCCGGGUGUACUGCAUCAUCAGCUGCAUCGGCUGCUUCGGCUUGUUCUCCAAGAUCCUGGAUGAAGUGGAGAAGAGGCAUCAGAUCUCCAUGGCUGUCAUCUACCCAUUCAUGCAGGGCCUCCGGGAGGCAUCCUUCCCUGCUCCUGGGAGGACUGUCACACUCAAGAGCUUCAUCCCUGACUCAGGCACUGAGUUCAUCUCCCUGACACGGCCCCUGGACUCCCAUCUAGAACAUGUGGAUUUCAGUUCUCUGUUGGACUGUCUCCGUUAUGAGCAGAUUCUGCAGAUCUUUGCCUCUGCGGUGCUAGAGAGAAAAAUCAUCUUCCUGGCCGAAGGUCUCAGCACCCUGUCUCAAUGCAUCCACGCUACUGCCGCCCUGCUCUACCCCUUCAGCUGGGCACAUACCUACAUCCCUGUUGUUCCGGAGAGCCUCCUGGCAACUGUCUGCUGCCCUACCCCCUUCAUGGUUGGAGUGCAAAUGCGCUUUCUGCAGGAGGUUAUGGACAGCCCCAUGGAAGAGGUCCUGUUGGUGAAUCUCCAUGAAGGAACCUUCUUACUGUCUGUUGGCGAUGAAAAAGACAUCCUGCCGCCAAAGCUCCAGGAUGACAUCCUGGACUCCCUCGGCCAAGGGAGCAACGAGUUUAAGACUGCGGAACAAAUCAACGAGCAUGUUUCAGGGCCUUUUGUUCAGUUCUUUGUCAAGACUGUAGGUCACUACGCUUCCUACAUCAAGCGGGAAGCCAAUGGGCAAGGACACUUCCAAGAACGGCCCUUCUGUAAGGCUCUGACCUCCAAGACCAACCGCCGAUUUGUGAAGAAGUUCGUGAAGACACAGCUCUUCUCCCUCUUCAUUCAGGAGGCUGAGAAGAGCAAGACUCCUCCUGCAGGCUACUUCCAACAGAAAAUACUUGAAUAUGAAGAACAGAAGAAACAGAAGAAAUCAAGGGAAAAGACUGUGAAGUAAGAGAUGCGCUCAGGGAACAACUAGACCUACAGGCCAGUCCUGGACUUGGGCCUCUGCCAGUGUGGUAGGAGCAGUGAAGCUCUCAGGCCUCGGAAUCCACAGCCUCCCCUGAGUCCUGGGGACUAGGGUUUGCUUCAAGCUGGUGUCUGAGUCUGGGAUCUCCAAUAUCACUGUUCUGAACUUUGGAGGGUUCUGACCCCAAGCUCACAGGACUGGGCUACACGCUGCAUGUCUGGCAGAUGUCUGGCAGCAGUGAUACAGGACAGGUAACGAUAGCACAGGUGUUAUAGGCACUUAAUUAGAAGUUGCUAUAAACACCCUUUCCUGGAAACCAAUAUUAAAAAAUCAGCAACGCAGUUGGGGCCCUAAGGCUCAGCCCCUCCACAAACAUAAAAGGAAGUCCAUGGAAACGUGAGGAUGAGAAUAAAGAUGAAAAUCUUAUUGUUUGUGUGUAUCUUUGGCUACCACUGGAGGAAAAGAAUGAACAGAAUCAGGAGCAUGAGAUGUGUAUGUUUGAAUACGCUAGAUUAGAAUUAGACUGCCAGGUCAUGGUGGCCCACAGCCCUGGGCUGUUUAGAGUUGUAGAUUUGUAAGGGUUAGCAGUUCCACUUACAAGAAAGAGUAGAAGUACUGGUCAAAGUAGUAAUACUACUGGUUUUCAGUCAUGGCUGAAGAGUCUGCUAGCCAUAGGAAGGCUACCGUAAUCUAGGGGUAACUCCAUGUAGUAUCAAAUCACGUAACUUGACUUGAUUUCAAUCGGGAAGCUAGUGAGGAACACUGCACUGCUUCUACAAAGAGGUCUGUUUGGACUAGUUUUCUUUUUGUCUUAGACAUCCUGUCUCCAACUGGCUGCUAUUUUGGGGACGCCUAUAGGUCAUAAUCUUUAGAGUUCAAAGGAGUUUAGGGAUCACCUGGUCCUUUCUCACUUUCUACCUCUAGGAUAGCUUCUGCUUAAAAUUGUAAUAUGUGGGAAAUUUUCCAAGCAGCAUUUGCUUGUUUAAAAAAUUCAACCUUUUCUGUUGGUGAUUUAUUUUUGGAAGGCAGACACACAGAGAUCUUGUGUUUGCUAGUUUACUCCCCCCAGUACCCACAACCACCACGCCUGGGCUAGGCAGAAGACAGGAGCCAAGAAUUCAACCUGUGUCUCCCACAUGGGUGCCAGGGACUGAAGUACCUGAACCAUCAUAUGCAGCCCCUCAAGGUGAGAAAGCUGGAUGGGAAGUAGAGAAGUGGGACUCGAACCAGUUACUCCAAUAAUGGGAUGCGGGUUAUGUACUGUCUUUGGCUGCUCCAUUAAAUGUCUGGCCUUACUUUUAAAAUGUGUUGAGGAGGAUGUCUGGCCUCUCAGUUAAAGAGGCAGCUCAAUAAUGCAUUGAAUAUUUGGGAGCCUGAGCUGAAGUCCUAGCUCUCUUCCUAAUUUCAUCUUCCUGGUAAUGAGCAUCCUAGGAGGCAGCAGCUGAUAGCGCGAGUACUUGCGUCUCUGCCACCCACGUAAAAGACUUGGAUUGAAUUCCUGGUUUCUGGCUUUGGCUGCGCCUGGCCCCAGGGGCUAAGGUUUUUGGGCAGCGCCAAUGCCUCUCAGUCUUUCAAAUGUGUCAAAUAAGUAAAAAUUCUAAAUGUGUUUAUGUGAAUAUGGUCCCUGAAUUCUAUGCACAAUACAAAUACUUUUGGAGGGCGGGAUAACAGGAAGAUGGGGUGGGGAGCUCCCAAUUAUAGUUAAAAAUUGACAUUGUUUGAUUUUUGGCAAGAGACCUGCUACAGGUAGAUGUUCCACUGCCACAUAUACUAAAAAAUGGAUGUAACUCAAAAAGGGUUCAGAACAGGAACUAGAAUCCUGGGAAGCUUGCCCUAAGGAUGUAGACUGACACGGCUGCAGCCAUUUUUGGUUGGUACUUCAUCUUGCUCUUUGGAUAAGCCUGACAAUCAUCUAAAAUCUUGUAAACAAAGUUGUUAAGAUAACCUUCUAGGCUUGUCUUACCGAAUCAGGCUCUGGGAAUGUCCCUUAUUUAAUACCUGAAAUGUUGAGUUCUUGAAAAAGCACAGGUGUACUUAACCUAGCAUGGGCCACUUUUGUCUAUAACAUUCAGAUUUUUCUGCAGCCUUUCUGUGUGCACUUUUCCUGUCUGCCCCCUCCCCUGAGAUUGCUUUUCUCCCAACAUCCACGCCUACCCCCUACCCUGGCCUCCAAUAAAGAACACUCUGUAAUCUUGGAAUUGUCUAAUUUUUUUUUUCCUUUGGUUUCUUGACCACUGCUGCCUUUGGCUGCUGGUGUUUUUGAAACACUUGUGAAAAUAUUCUUUGAAGCCCUAUCCCAAAUCUGCCAUAUCAUCUUUAUAGUUAGGACCUGGAAUUCUGUAAUUCUUUAAACCUUAUUCAGGA